AUGUUGUCAGUGGAGGAAAUAAGCACUUUCCAAACACUUAGAAGCUGUCUCCAUCUCCUGAGGUUCCAGGCCAGGAGGGGAACCCAGCAGUCAGGGGAAAGAGCAUUUGCUUCUGCUGUGGGUUUCAAGUUUCUGGGAAAACUUGACACAUGUCCAGAAUCUUCAGAAGGAGUGGAGGUGGUGAUAUACAGAUUUUAUUGUGAAGAGAUCAGUGCUGUGGCUUUGGGCAUGGCGGUGCCCCUAGAGUCUGCAGCCUGCUCCCUCUCCUUGAGCGCAGAGCAGCCCUCCUCCCCUCUCCGUUCAAAUCCUCCCUGGCUCUCAGGGCCCAGCGCAGGCACCGCGUCCAUUGUGGUGAGGAUGCAAGACUGGGAUCUUGUUUGA